GAGGGCAGGGAGAGAGCUAACUACGGUCCGAUCAUGGAGGAGGCUAAAGAUUUUCCGGCUGCAGGAAUCGCGGGGAGGAAAAAAAGCUUUCGUUCGGUUGCGUUUGGAACCUUCAGUCUCUUCUUGCUGCUGUGCGUAGUGGUCCACUUGGCGAGUUCCUCCAGGGUGACGGGCAAGCAGCGUGUCCGCAGAGACCUGGAGAAUGAUACGUUAUGUAUCGUUACGCCAUCAUCCGAUUUUCCUGGAGGAUUUUUUACAGACCAGGAGAGAAAAGAUGGAGGGAUUAUUAUUCAUUUCAUAAUCAUACUCUACAUGUUUCUGGCUGUGUCAAUUGUGUGUGAAGACUAUUUCAUCCCCUCUUUGGAAGUAAUCAGCGAGCGCCUUGGUCUGUCCCAAGAUGUUGCUGGAGCAACUUUCAUGGCAAUCGGAAGUUCAGCCCCAGAGUUCGUCACGGUGUUUCUCGGUGUUUUUGUCACUAAGGGAGAUAUUGGAGUGAGCACCAUUGUAGGGUCAGCGGUGUACAACCUUCUGGGAAUAUGCGCUGCCUGUUGCCUGUUAUCACCAAUGGUAUCAAGGCUGUCUUGUUGGCCUUUAUUUAGAGACUGUACGGCCUAUGCAAUUAGUGUAGCAGCAGUGAUUGCAAUUAUGUUUGACAACAAGAUUUACUGGUAUGAAUCUGCUUCAUUGAUCUUGGUUUAUGGCAUAUACAUAUUGAUGCUGUGUUUCGACAUUAAACUUAAUCAGUGGAUGGUGAGAAAGUUCAGUCCUUGUUGUACUUGUUGUGCUGAAGCUUUGGAGGAGAACGCAGAACAGCAGCCGUUGCUUGGGUGGAAGGAGGAGAGUAUGCACGUUGUCCGGCGGCAAUCCAGGUCAGACAGUGGAAUUUUUCAAGAGGACUCCGAUUAUUCCCAACUUUCCAUAAGUUUGCAUGGACUUAAUGAAAUUCCAGAAGACCCACCAAGUGUUUUCACGAUGCCAGAAAACGACUUGAAGAGAAUUCUUUGGGUUUUGUCUUUGCCGAUCACUGCUUUAUUUUACUUGACUGUACCAGACUGCAGAAGGAAGAUGUGGCGAAAGUGGUUUGUUUUGACAUUUGUAAUGUCCGCUGUCUGGAUUUCUGCAGUUACAUACAUUUUAGUUUGGAUGGUGACAAUUGUGGGUGAAACUUUAAGCAUUCCAGACACUGUAAUGGGACUCACCUUACUAGCUGCAGGAACAAGUAUUCCAGACACCGUUGCAAGUGUCCUUGUGGCAAGAGAAGGAAAAGGAGACAUGGCCAUGUCCAACAUUGUGGGGUCUAAUGUUUUCGAUAUGCUCUGUUUAGGAGUUCCUUGGUUUAUUAAGACAGUCUUUGUAGAUAGAUCAACACCUGUUGAAGUAAAUAGCAGUGGAUUAACGUAUACAACCAUAUCACUCCUGUUCUCGAUCAUCUUCAUCUUUGUUGCUGUUCAUUUAAGUGGUUGGAAGCUUGAUAAGAAGUUGGGCGUUGCUUGUCUUCUAAUGUAUUUGGUUUUUGCUACAUUAUCAGUCUUGUAUGAGCUUGGCAUUAUAGGAAAUAUUCCUAUACGCUCCUGCGGAGACUAAUAAAAAUGAUGCCAAGGGA